GUCACUCGGAGGAGAGAAAAGAGCGGCAGGACGGUACACCGACGACGACGACGACGACGAUAUGACAGCAAAGACAUGCCGCGUACCGGGAUGUCCUCGAUUUGCGCAAUGCGCUGGCCUGUGCAUCGGCCAUGGCGGUGGAAAAACGUGCAAAAUUGAAGGCUGCUCGUCCACAGCUCAGGGCAUGGGCCUCUGCUCGAAGCACGGCGGGAAAGCGUUAUGCAGCGUCAAGAACUGCCAAAACAAGCGCGUUUAUCGUGGCGUGUGUAAAACACACGGUGGAAGCCGCAUGUGCACGUUCCAAGGCUGUUCAAACAAAGACGUUGGAAAAGGGCUGUGUGUAUCGCAUGGCGGCGGCACCAAGUGCGGCAUGAUGAACUGCGAUAAGGUCGAGCGCGGUGGUGGGUACUGCAAGGCACAUGGAGGUGGCAAGAAGUGUACACUGGCCGGUUGUGGAUCGUGGGCGCCAAACGGAGGAUUGUGUCCUGUGCACAAGAACCCGCCACCCGCCGCGAUACUCCCGGACCCGGCCCCGUUGUGCCAAACCCCCGGGUGCACGAAAGUGGAUGCUGGCAGUGGCAUGUGCAAAGCCCACGGCGGUCGGAAGGAAUGCAUCGUAGAAGGGUGUACGAAGAUCCAGCAAGCGAAGAAGCGAUGUCGUGAACAUGGAGGCAGCCGGCUGUGCGAAGAAGAAGGUUGCAACAAGACAGCGCAGUACAAAAAGCUUUGCAAAGCGCAUGGCGGGCGGAAGCAAUGCAUCAUCGAUGGGUGCGAGAACGUCGUCAAGACUCGUGGGUACUGCAUUCGGCAUGGCGGUGGGACGAAAUGUAAAACGGCGGGAUGUGAAGGCAUCGAUCGGGGAGGUGGUCAUUGCAAAGCACAUGGGGGCGGCAAAAAGUGCACGUGGCAAGGGUGCUUCGUGUGGGUGUUGGGCGGAGGCAUGUGCUCCAACCAUUCGCAUCAAUCGACUCACUCAGCUGUGCUGGGGCUGUCUCCAGAAGACGUUGUGACGACCGCUCCGCACACCGCGACGGUUGGAGUGCAUCCAGGCGACUUGGUCAACCAUUAUGCUCAAGCGUAUGGCCACCAUCCAGGCGUGAUGGCGACGCAGGCGCCUCCGAUGCCUCAACCGGUUUCAAUGCCACAGCAAGCACAACCGCAACAACAGCAACAACAACCACAACAGCAAUAUCACGGCCAACCCACGUCUUUCCCGCAUUACCAGCAAAUGCAACAGCAAUAUCGGUCCCAUCAAGCUGUAGCUGCAGCCGCGGCCGCCGUGGCGGCUGUCCACCAGCACCACCAACAUCAACAGCAAAUGCAGCAGAUGCAGUACGGAAGCCACUCCGAGAUGGACUUGCGAAGGCGGCUCUUUAGCGGGUACCCCGAGGGCGAUUACCACUACCAGAUAUAGGUACUAUCGAACGAGUCGUAGCAUGUAUAUAUGUCAAGUCGAACACAAGCCGAGUUGGACGAGAUCGAGUUACGUCAGAAGUGAUUCACUCUGGAGCACUCGACGAUGCCGCUGCAAGUGUCGUCGUAACCUGGUGGUGUCAGAGGGCGUGGGAGGCUUCGCAGACGAUGUUGCCUGAACAUGGUAAGCACAUGAAGAGUGCGCAAGGAGUAGCUCGACGUCGUGGGCACCAUCCUGGCUCUGGACAUCCUGGGAGAUCGCACUUGUCAAGAUGCCAGCGUCUCUCGUUGCUGGAGAUCACCCCAAUCGACGUCGUCUUCAUGACGCCAGCUACAUUCGACAAGUAUGCACCACUUUCAUUGCUUUCCUUUUUUCAAUUCCCUUCGUCUUCGCGAAGGAGACGACAUGGCAUGACCUGUCGCAUCCUGGCACACUGAAUGCAUCCAGCUGUAUCUCCUCAC